UUGUUUCCUCACUGAAAAGUGGCUUACGAGGGGCCACGUCUACCGCCUCAGCCGGUAGUCGCUUGGCCCGUCUAAAGAUAAAUCAUUGCAUUCUACGCCUGAAAUUUUAACAAAAUUCGCUGCGAAAAGACGUCAAAUUGCAGUAAGGGAGCAGGCACCGUUCCAUUGGCCGCGUAUUUUUACAAAAUAUAUUUCCUAGAAUCAGAACGCGCAAAUUAGAGCAAAUAUUGAUCAAGUUUGAAGCAGCAUCUGUAAAUUUGUAAACAUUGAACAAAGUUUUGUUACGAGGGGUUGUACAUAAUGCUUUUGUAAAGAAGACUGGAAUUGCAGUGAAAAUCUAGAGGAAGUUAAGGGAAAAAUACGUGUACAGGUAUUGUCUGAAAUCUAGAAAAUCACAAUUCUAGAUUUUUUGCAGGCUUUUAGCUAAAGACUAGAAAAAGUACUGGCAUUUGCAGAUCUAAGAUUUCAAAGAAAAACUUAAAUUCGAACGAAACGUCACAAGAGCUUAAGACUUCCACAUUCCAUAGUUGAUAGCAAAAGGCUUCUGUAGACGAGCUGUAAUCAGAUUUGUAAAUCGCGAUUGAUAUGAUAAUCAGGGGAACGCAAAACUGAUCUUGGAAGUUGUAAAUACAAAGCUGAAUGCCCUGCUAAAUAUUUGAAACGGGGGUUUUGUAUAAACUUUAAGGUAUAUAGAGGAGAAUUUUUUACAAAGAUUCUGAGGGGUACCGGACUGAUAACAUUCUACAAAGUGGAAUAGAGUGAAUCCUCCUAAAAUUAUAUCUCGAGAGAUUUGCAGACAAGCAUUAUUUAGAUCUUUCUCCAAUUCGCUGACAUUCCAGAUAAUUCAAUUGCAUCUUCUGCUUUAAAUUUUUCAAAAAAACUUGGACCAAGUUUAGGUUCAGAAUCUCUUGCUAAAUAGUGGUAUUAAAUUAUCCAGAUUCGAGUGGCCUUUAUUUGAGUGAGUUAAUUCUGUAAAUAACCUAAACCUAGAUCCAUUGUUCAUCAGCCCAGAGCAGUAUAUCUGCACCAUCCAUUGUUUCCCUACUAAUUUAUGUGUUAUUCCUUUUAUUCCCAAACUUGAACUUCGAGCCAAACGAAAUAACUAGAGAUGGCAGUCUUGCUCCUGAAUGUAUCCAAGCUAUUUGGCGUAGCAGGCAUAAUUGCUGUUGCAGCCAACACCUUUGCCCUUAUUAGAUUUCGCAGAAAGAGAAUGACUCCUUUCGAGAAUCCAAUUGAUGAGUCACAGGAGCUGCUAGCAAGGUUUCCGAUAGACAGAGAUGUGGAUGAUGAUGGCUUCUUUUUUGCCAUUGCAACAAAUUCGUCACUUCUGGAGAAAGAUGCAUGGCCCAUGUUUCCAGUUAAAAGUGAAGACGUGACUUCUAAGGAGGUUGACGACAGUGAUCAUAAAGAAGGCAUGGAAACUGGGUCACAAGAUGGUAGCCAAUUGAAUUUGUUUGAGUCUGAAACUGAUUUGAAGGACAAAAUCACAGGUGAGCAGAAGUUGGGUGAAGAUACAGAGAACAAAGAUAAAAAUUUAUGUGAAAAUUCAAGAAAUGUGUCAACAGUACAUAUAGAUGAGACAUCAGAAAACUCUAAAAAGGAGGAAGGUUGCAGUCAGCAUAGGGAUUGUCACGACUCCUCUUUAGAUGAGUGGGAACUUUUAAGUAUGGAGCAGACGGCAGAUAAAGAGCAGAAAUCACAUGAACAGAUUUUUGGAUUUCCUUCCCUUGCAGACCAUAGCGAAUCAGAGGUAGAUAAUAUGGAUUUGGGUGAUGGAAAAGAACUAUAUAAAAUGAGCGAUCAGCAUGUUGAGCUUCAUGGUAGUGCUGCAGGAAAGGCUGAUAAGUUAUUGGAUCCAACUCUUGAAGGCUUGAUUAAGGGAUUUGAAAACCUUAAAAAGGAGCAUAAAGAGGCAGUCCCUCAAGCAAACGUUCAUUGUCUAGAAGAAAAUCCUAGCUUCUGGUACAAUCCUGAUGAAGAGCUACAUAUGGCUAAAGAGACAAAUGCAACAGUUCUUCGCAUGGGCAUUGAUUGGAGCAGGAUAAUGCCAAAGGAGCCCCUUGAUGGUGUUGAGGAGGCUAUCAAUCAAGAAGCAUUGGAUCAAUACAGAUUGUUCACGGAAAGAGUCCAUACUCAUGGAUUGCGUGUGAUGCUGACUCUUUUCCAUAGUUCUCUCCCUGCAUGGGCUUCUGCUUAUGGUGGCUGGCAAAAUGACAAAACUAUUGAUUACUUCAUUGAGUAUACAAGGGUGGUAGUUGAGAAGUUAUGUGACUUGGUGGACUUCUGGAUAACAUUCAACGAGCCAAAUGUGUUUGCUUUGACAGAGUAUUGUACUGGUGGCCAGACAAAUCUAUUCCAGGCCGCAGCAACGGUUUUAUCUCGGAGGGUUUUCAGGAAUGUUAUAAACAGAAUGGCAACAGCUCAUAUCAAGGCAUAUGAUAUUAUUCAUGACAUAAGACAAAAGUCAUCAAGAAAAUUGGAUGUUGGAAUUGCACAUCGUGCUUCUUUCAUGCAGCCAUAUGGUCUAUUUGAUAUGUCUACAGUCAAGUUUAGCAAUUGGAUGACAAACUGUACCUAUGUAGACAUUGUUUGCAAAAAGCUGGAUUUCUUGGGGAUAAACUACUAUGGGCAGGAAUUCGUAUCAUCUUUUGGAUUGAAACUAGUUGACAAUGAGGAAUACAGUGAAGCAGGAAAAGGCAUAUAUCCAGAUGGUUUAUAUCGAGAGCUCCUUGAACUCCACAACCGCUAUAAGAAGUUCAAUGUUCCUUUCAUUGUUACUGAAAAUGGUGUUGCUGAUGCCACCGACUACCUUCGAAGGCCAUAUAUUUUGGAGCACCUCCUUGCUGUGAAAGCAGCCAUGAAUAAGGGUGUUCCAGUCAAAGGCUACUGCUAUUGUGCCUUGUCUGACAACUGGGAACGGGCCAAUGAACAUAGCCUCCAAUUUGGUCUUGCUUCUAUUGACUGUGAAAGAAACCCAAAGCUUGUUCAACGUCCAUCAUAUUAUCUUCUGUCUGAGGUUGCUAAAUCAGGGUCAAUAACCAAAGAACAAAGGGAUAAAGCUUGGGCUCAACUACAAAAUGCAGUGAUGCAAGAAAAUAUCCACGUCAUUUACCUGGGAAUUGGUGAUCAAAGCACCACAUCUCUAGGUGCUGUGGAAAAAAGGGUUGUAAGGUCCUUUGUUAAAAAGGAUUGGAGGUUUGGUCACUACAAACCAGAUGGUUUAAGAGAUCCUUUGAGUUGCACCAUUAGAUAUUUAUGGAAGCUUCCAUCCAUGGCAUUUGAAAGACAUUAGAAACCCUAGAGAAAGUCCUUCCUACAAUUAUCAGUAAAAACUUAUAACUGAGACUUUGCUAGAUAACGAGAAUGCAAUUUUUUAUAGAAAGAAAUAUGUACAUAAACUUCCCAAGGAUUGUUAAUCCAAUAUUCAAUGUACAAAAACUAUCUGUGCACUGCCAGUCUAUAAUUUAAAUGUCAAACAAGCUUGUUGCUUGAAACAAUAUGAUAUCUCUUGCAUAUUAAAGAUUGAUUCAAAUGUAUAUAUUAGAGGUAGGUUUUACUGAUAAUAUCAUUAUUUGAACAUGUAUACCCAUUGCCUACAGUUGGCUUGUUGGCUUGGACACAGUGGGCUAAGAAUUAGGAAAUCUUGGACAAGAAUUGGCAAAUAUUUGAAUAGAUGAUCCACUUUGGCUUGAAAUUUAUGUCA